GCAUUAAAACCGUUUUAUAAAGUCUAACCCAGAGUCUGAGCAGAGGCCGAGAGAGUGGGAAGAGUAAAAAAUUUAGAAAUGGCGGGGAGGGUUUUAGCUUCAGCUUCAGUUGGUCUGCGUAUUAUUCCGAGUGUCAAGAUUCUUUGUUCUAAUUCAUUCAUUUCCGUUCCCAAUAAGCCCCUUCACAUACCCAGUAGUUUGGGUGAUGAUAUAUGCAAGGCUUCUGGUCGGCAGCAGGCUUUUGCCCCAAUCUAUGACAUAAAAAGGUUUCUGCUCCAGGGGCAUGUAUGGAUUCAUUCAGCUCCAUUUCUGAAUGCUUCUGAAAAAGUUGUUGGGACAGUCAACCAUUCUGAUAAAGAUGCUAGUUUUGAGGAUGCUUGUACUGAUAAUGGUAAGGUGAAGAGGAAGAAAUUGAAGGGUAAAAGAGCUGUUGUAAGGUGGUUAAAAUUCUUUAGGUGGAAGAAGAAGAAAGAGUAUGAAAGAAUGACAGCUGAAGAAAAGAUUCUUUACAAACUUAGAAAGGCUCAAAAGAAAGAAGAAAGACUUGUUACAGCUUUAAAUAAGAUUGAGCCUGCAGAAUCAUCUGAAACAACCCAUGAUCCAGAAAUAUUGACUCCGGAAGAGCACUUUUUCUUUUUAAAGAUGGGCCUCAAGUGCAAAAAUUAUGUGCCAGUUGGAAGACGAGGAAUUUAUCAAGGUGUAAUUUUGAACAUGCACCUUCACUGGAAGAAACAUCAGACUUUGAAGGUAGUGGUUAAGACAUUCUCACCAGAGGAAGUCAAGGAGAUCGCUGCUGAGCUUGCAAGAUUGACAGGUGGGAUUGUGCUUGACAUUCAUGAAGAUAAUACAAUAAUUAUGUACAGAGGGAAGAAUUAUUCUCAACCACCUACAGAGAUCAUGUCACCCAGGGUCACUCUUUCUAGAAAGAAGGCUCUUGAUAAAUCCAAAUAUAGGGAUGGCAUUCGAGCUGUUAGGAAGUAUAUCCCAAAGCUUGAACAGGACCUUGAGUUGCUACGUGCUCAAGCUGAAAAUAGACCUGAUCCUAUGCAACAUGUGCAAAACAUUGAUAAUUACAAUGAGGAAUCUAGGAAGAUUUCAAGCAUGCAGUUUGAGGGUUCAAAUAAAUUGAAAGAAAUUUUGGAUGUGAGCAAGGAACUUUCUGACAAUGAAUCCACUAUGGAUUCGCUUAUGGCGUCUGAUUCUGAAGACUUGUCAGAUAUUUUUGAGACUGAGUCAGACACUGAGACAGAGGAGAAGAAAGAUCGACCACUUUAUUUGGAUGAAUUUGACAAAUUUCCAGUAGAAAGUGAUGGGGAACCUGAAGAUUUUAAGGAGCACCUGUGUCAAAUAUCCAUGGGCUCAAAAGUUCCUAAAGCAUUGGACAGUAAUGUUAACUCACCUAACUUUGAUGAGGUAGAUCAUAUAUUUUUACGUGCUGCUUCACUCUUGAAGAAAAAGAGGAGAUAGGAGGUUUCAUAAU